AUGGCGUCGAGGCACUUAGGCAAUAAGGGCACUCAAGCCUUUUUAAAGAGAGGUUUGAUUCUUCCACGAAUAGCAGCAGCUACACAGAGGCAGAUUUCCUCUACGGUUUUAAAAAGCCCUUCAGAAAGUGUCUCCUUUUCAUUUGCUCGGUACUUAAAUGGGUUUGGAUUUGGCUCACUAUCAAAUUGGUCUUCUAGUCGUGGUUCGGUUCCAGUCGAAACAUCCAUAAGGUAUUUUCAUGCAAGUCGAGAAACACUAGCGAAAAGGAAAGAGGAUCCCGAUCGUGCGCUGAGUCAUCGUGAACGCAAAAAACAGACUGUGAAAACAAAAGGAAAGUUCUCAAAACGAGAGAAAAAAAUAGACAAGCCACCCGUUGAAGCUCCUUAUGUGCCUCCUAGGCUGAAAAGAUUGGCAAAGGGGUUGCCUGAGAAGACGGUCGACAUAUUCGAAGGCAUGACACUACUCGAGCUCUCUAAGCGUACUGGAGAGUCAGUGAUGGUUUUGCAGACCAUUCUCGUCAAUGUUGGGGAAACCGUUAGUUCAGAAUUCGACACAAUCAGUAUCGAUCUCGCCGAGCUCAUUGCAAUGGAAAUUGGGAUCAAUGUAAGGAGGCAACAUUCUACAGAAGGAUCUGAAAUUCUCCCACGGCCUCCGGUUGUAACUGUAAUGGGCCAUGUCGAUCAUGGAAAAACCUCGUUGUUGGACGCUUUAAGAAACACCUCUGUGGCGGCAAGAGAAGCUGGUGGAAUCACUCAGCAUGUGGGUGCAUUCGUGGUGGGAAUGCCAGAUUCUGGGACUUCAAUCACCUUCCUCGAUACGCCUGGUCACGCCGCAUUCAGCGAAAUGCGUGCUCGGGGAGCCGCUGUGACUGAUAUAGUUGUCUUGGUCGUCGCUGCUGAUGAUGGGGUAAUGCCGCAGACGCUUGAGGCCAUUGCACACGCUAGAUCAGCGAAUGUUCCAGUUGUGGUUGCUAUUAAUAAAUGCGAUAAACCCGGAUCUAAUCCGGAAAGAGUUAAGAACCAGCUCGCCUCUGAGGGGAUAGAGCUUGAGGAUAUUGGAGGAAACGUUCAGGUUGUUGAGGUGUCUGCAAUCAAGAGUACAGGGCUAGACAAAUUAGAAGAAGCUCUGCUACUCCAAGCUGUGGAUAUGGACCUUAAAGCACGCGUGGACGGACCAGCUCAAGCGUAUGUGGUGGAGGCUCGGCUCGACAAAGGCCGUGGACCGUUAGCAACUAUUAUUGUAAAAGCUGGGACUUUGGUGAGUGGUCAUCAUGUAGUAAUUGGGUCUCAGUGGGGAAGACUCAGAGCUAUUCGGGACAUGAUUGGUAAGCCAACAGACCGAGCAACACCUGCGAUGCCCGUUGAGAUUGAAGGGCUUAAGGGUCUUCCGAUGGCUGGUGACGAUGUCAUCGUGGUGGAAUCAGAGGAACGCGCGAAGAUGCUGAGUGAAGGGCGAAAAAGGAAAUAUGAAAAAGAUCGGUUGUUGAAAGCAGAGGAAGCGAGAUUAGCAGAAGCAGAGACAAAAGAAUCAGAGUCUGACGAAGGGUUUGUUCGGGUUGAAUUACCAAUAGUAGUGAAAGCAGACGUGCAAGGGACUGCGCAGGCUGUUGCUGAUGCAUUAAGAACGCUAAAUAGCCCACAGGUUUCUGUGAACAUUGUUCAUAGCGGAGUGGGAGCAGUUUCUCAAUCUGAUUUGGACACGGCACAAGCUUGCGGUGCGUGUAUCGUUGGGUUUAACGUUAGGAGUGGAAAUUCUGUUAAUCCUUCUGCAGCUCAAGCCAGUGUCAAGGUAUUCCAUCACCGUGUGAUAUACCAUUUGCUUGAAGACAUUGGGAAGUUGAUAGUAGAGAAAGCACCAGGAGUAUCGGAGAUGCAGGUGGCUGGUGAAGCCGAGGUACUUAGCAUUUUUAAGAUCUUAGGAAAGAGGAGAACCGAAGAAGAUGGAGUAAACAUCGCGGGUUGCAAAGUGAUGGAUGGUCGGGUAUGUAGAAGCGGACUGAUGAGGCUGUUGCGGAGUGGAGAAGUGGUCUUUGAAGGCUCGUGCGCAUCAUUGAAACGGGAGAAACAAGAUGUGGAACAGGUCGGGAAAGGAAAUGAGUGUGGGCUUGUGAUGGGAGAUUGGAAUGAUUUUAGAGUCGGAGAUGUGAUUCAGUGCAUGGAGCCAGUUAUUAGAAAACCGAAAUUCGUUUCCUCUGAGAGUGGAGCUGUGAGAAUCGAGUGUUGA